GAUCGUUGCUAUGCAGGUGCUGCUUGUUAUUUUGCAAGCUUACAUCGUGAACCAGAGGCGGAAAACGCAGUUACUGCUGGCAAACCGCCGUAUUUGUGGUCGGAACAAGCGACGGCUACGUUUGAGGAGAGAGACUGUCCUUGGGCACAUUACGGGGCGGAGGUCGCAUGUUGUCUGGGCUCAGCCACGUUCACGGUACUGGUGGGACUCCAUUGUUCCCGAUUUCACGGCGCAGCAGUUCAUAAACAACUUCCGUGUGUCCCGAGAGUCUUUCCAGUACAUCUGCGAUAACAUCAAGGAUAUCCUGGCAAAACAAGACACCAACUACCGCCUGUGUGUCCCUGUGCAGAAGAGGAUUGCCAUCGCCAUUUGGAAGCUCGCCACCGGCGGUGAAUACCGGACCAUCAGCCAUCUUUUCGGUGUGGGCCUGAGCACAGUGUUUAACUGCGUCCAAGAGUUUUGCAACGCUGUUAUCCGAGUGCUUCUUCCUGUGCACAUUGUGCAACCAGAUGCCACAAAGAUGAUAGAGAUGGCCAGGUUCUUCAGCAGCCGUUGGAGGGUCCCACAGUGUGUGGGUGCAAUAGAUGGCAGCCACAUCCCCAUAAUUGCACCACAACAGUACCCCAAGGACUACUACAACAGAAAAGGAUGGCAUUCCAUUGUCCUGCAAGCUGUUGUGGAUGGGAGAGGACAAUUCUGGGAUGUGUGUGUUGGCUUCCCCGGUAGUGUCCAUGAUGCCAGAGUCCUGCGCCAGUCAAAGCUGUGGGAGAUGCUGAGUGAUGGACAGCUGAUGGGGCAAAGCAAGGUGGCAAUCUCUGGCUGUAAUGUUGGGCAUUACCUCAUCGGUGAUCCAGCAUAUCCUCUGCAGCAGUGGCUCAUGAAACCCUUUGCUGACACUGGCAGACUGACACCUGAACAGCGCACUUUCAACUACAGGAUGAGUAGUGCUCGGUCUGUGGUUGAGAUGGCUUUUGGGAGACUGAAAGGGCGAUGGAGAUGCCUUCUAAAGAGGAACGACUGCAAACUGGAGCUCAGCCAGAAGAUGUCGCUGACCUGCUGCGUACUACACAACAUCUGCGAGGAGCAUGGCGAUAACUUCAUGGCCGAUCUCCCACCUGAAAGACAUGCUCACAAUCAGCCCCCCGAACAGGCACUGGAAGACACCGCUGCAGUAGAGGGGGCAGACAUCAGAGCAGCUUUACAGACUUAUUUUAACCAUGCCCUUUGACUGCUUUCUGCAUUGCUCAUGGUUAUUGUUCUGUUGUUUUAAUAGUGCAAUAAACACCUGUGCCUUGACAGCAACAGUCUUUUCUCAUUUAUUCAAGUGUGUUAAAUAUAAGA